CUCCCUAUUUAACCUUCUACUCUUCUAAAGUAUUUCAGAAAAAAAUAAAUAAUUUGGAAGCAGAGGAUUAUUCCGAUUCACGGGACGUAGUGGUGUAAUUGAAAAGGAUAACUAUUUUUUUUUGAGAAGCCCCUGUGCUGCAAUAGCGAUUCAAUUGUGCAUUUGGUGAUUUUUGAGGUUUCUGGGGUGAUGGCUUUGAGGCGUAUGCUUGGGUAUUCGGAUGGAGAGUUAAUGAGAUCAGAUGCAAAACCCUGCACAAGACUAAUGAGACAAACAGCUGGGAUCUUUUCUGUUGGAGGAGCAUUAGGAUUUUGGAUUCUUUGCCGAUUGCACUAUGGUCCUAGAAUCACAGUUCCUAGAAGUCUUAGAUGGGCAACUUGUGGGGCUGUUACUGUGAGCUCAAGCACCGCUUUGCUAGUUCGUCUAUUUAGUCCUGAAUGUGAACCACAAAAUAUAGCUGCCUACGACAAGAAGGGAUGAUGUUUCUUUUCUUCAGAGAUCAGUAUGUAAAAGUUUUACAGUAAAACUGAGGCAUGAUGUCCUAUUUAAUUCUUGUCCAAGUUUUUAAGGAUUCUCCUUCCACAGGCAUAACACAUAAGGCUGCGUGUGUUAGCCAGUGGAGAACGACCAGCGUUUCAAUGCUAAAUUAUUUUCUCAAUGA